AUUCGAAGCGACGACAAAAAACAUCGAAAGAUCGCCCCUACGCGAUCGGCGUAGUGACGGCGACGGGCGUCGCGGCGCUGCCGUCGACGUCAUGUCCUCCGCUGUUCGAUACUCGUCGGUGUGCUGUGUACAUCCAGCGGCAUCGAAAGCCCUUCGAAUGAAAUGAAAUCGGCCGGCGAUUAGGCGGAAACGAUGGUCGGCAUGGCGAACAUGGACGAGCAAGAGAGGAAAAUCGUCGUGGAGUUCGUGCAUUUGUUGGAGAAGUCCAAGCAACUGUUCAACGGCCUGAGGGAUUUGCCGCAGUACGGGCACAAACAGUGGCAGGCGUACUUCGGCAGGACGUUCGACAUUUACACGAAAUUGUGGAAGUUCCAGCAGCAGCACAGGCAAAUUUUGGACGCCAAAUACGGAUUGAAACGAUGGCAAAUCGGCGAAAUCGCAUCGAAAAUCGGACAGCUCUAUUAUCACUAUUAUUUGAGAACCAGCGAAACGAAUUAUUUAAACGAAGCGUACUCUUUCUACGCUGCCAUCAGAGGCAGAGCUUACUACUCCAGAGCGGCGAAAGAAGACAGAUCGGAGUUGAUGGUGAAGAAGCUGCGCUACUACGCGCGCUUCAUCGUCGUCUGUCUCCUGCUCAGGCGCAUGAAACUGGUGAGAGAACUGAUAGCGGAACUCGACAGACAUAUCUCGGAUUACACCAGCACCUACGAGCCCGACGAUCAGAUCGAAUGGAGCCUGGUCCUCGACGAAAUCAAGAACUUCAUACAAUCGGACUCGCUGGUGCAGGUCCUCCACGCCGACACCAAUCCCAUCGUGCUCUCCCACAGAUUGAGCCCGCUGACGACGCCGCCCGUCGAGAAGACGCAGUACAUGAACCUGACGCUGCAGGAGAUCCUGAUCGUCGGCAGCGCCUCCGAGCAGGUGAAGUUCUCCGAACUCACCAUGGACAUGUUCAGGAUGAUCCAGACGCUCGAAAGGGAACCGCAGGAGGACUUCAAUCACAUCUACGACGCCUCGCCGGCGCCCGGCCGGGUUCCCUACGGGAUAAAUCCGUCCAAAGGGUAUAUGGAGAACGGCGACAGGCCGAGCCGAAGGGAGAAUCCACACAAAUAUUUGCUGUACAAACCAUCGUUGAGUCACGUUUUAGUGUUUUUAGCUAGCGGUUUUAAAGAAUUACCGGCCAACGGGGCGCUGUUGUUGUAUCUAUCGGCCGACGGUUGUUUUUCGACUACGAAACACCCCGAAGACAUGGGUUACGAUUUGGGCGGCGUCCUGACCAGCAGCCGUCGCGACGCCGAUCACAAGAAACAGAAGGAAGCCCACUGCCUUUAUCCCGGCGAUUUGUACCCGUUCACCAGGAGGCCGUUGUUCGUCAUCGUGGAUUCGGACAACAGCUUCGUGUUCCAGCACAUACCCAGGUACUUCGGGCAGCCGCUGGUCACGUUGAUGUCGCCCCAGGACACGCCGCCCGCUUUCCAAGAUCAACAACACAACGGUUCUCUGUUCACUUUGUUCCUGCAUUCACCGCUGACUGCUUUCUGUUAUUGUUGCAAUUUGACCACGAUUCCCAUCCACCAUUGGGAGAGAUGUCAAAGCUUCGUCGAUCGAUUCGUAACGGAAGCGUCUCGCCUUUUCACCAGAUCUCGAGUCGAAUCAUCAUAUCUGCAAUUCUUCGGCGACGAUUUCCUGCGAUUGCUGUUGCUGCGGUACGUGUUCUGCGACGUGGUGUUGCACCUGCACAGGGCGUUCAAGGGCCGCCAGUACCGGCCGCGGUGCCAGCCUUCGUUGCCGGAGGCCGAGCUGCUGGAGCACCCGUCCCUGCACCACCUGGUGCUCGAUCUGGCGGCGCACCUGGAGGUGCGCACGCACUUCAUGGACGCGCACGAGCCCGAAUGAUCCAGGCCGUCGUCCUCAUGGCCGUGCGUGGGGUUUAGUGAAG